CCGUCUCCAUCUCCAAGCCCUGAAGAAACUGGGCGAAGGGAGAUAAGCAGAUACCCCACGCUCUGGAUAGUCAUUAAUAUCCUAGCAACCGUUACAAUUGUAUACAUCAAUAAAUCCAUCUUUUCAGAUCCCGCCUUCAGGAAAUGCCAGUUCAGCUUCGUCGCGUAUCACUUCACCAUCACUGGCGUCCUCCUGUUCAUCGUGCGACGAGCCUCGAUCCUAAAGAUCGCGCCCACAGAUACCCCCUUAAUCGCGAUGCUGCCCCUUUCCCUCAUCAUGCUCGCCAAUAUUCUCCUGAUGAACCUGUCCCUGGCCUACAGUUCGAUCAUCAGCUACCAGAUCGUCCGCAUCCUCCUCACCCCACUGACCGUGCUCAUCAACCUCUUCUUCUACAACUCCAAGAUCCCGCUGUACGCAGCGCUGGCGCUUGUGCCCGCCUGCCUCGGUGUAGGGCUCGCCACCUACGCCGACCUACUCCCCGGCCGGCGAUCGCUCCCCUCAAACCCCGGGGUCAUGGACUCAACGUCAGCCCUAGGCAUCAUCUACGCAUUCAGCGGGGUCUUCUGCUCCGCGCUAUACACCGUCUGGGUGGCGCACUACCACUCGCGCCUGAACAUCUCCAGCAUCCAACUGCUCUACAAGCAAGCCCCCUUCUGCGCGAUCUUCAUCGGCGGCAUCUCGCUGCUCACUGAUACGUUUCCGACUACGGCGACAAUCACACCCCGCAAAUGCGGUCUCCUGCUACUCAGUGGCGGGUGUGCGUGCUUGAUCAACCUCUCGUCCUUCCACGUGAUCCACGGUGCGGGCACGGUGACCAGGACAGUGGUGGGCCAGACAAAGACGUGUCUCAUCAUUGCGCUGGGGUGGGUGUGCAGCUCGCCUGCGAUGGCGACGGAGAGUAUUCUGGGUGCGCUGCUUGCGGUGCUCGGCAUGGUA